AUGAGCGCUGGUGGGUAUCGGUUCAUCGACGCGUCUUCACCAGCAAAUGCUAGCGAUCCAAAAGGAAUUGAUGGCAGCAUAAACACCAGCAGGAACAACCCAUCAUUGAAAAUCCUUGUUGCGAACACCUGGCAGAAUUUAAGUUCCGGCUCCGGCUCUGGCCAUAAGCCGUUCCAAAGCAACGCGAGCUACAUGUCAACGCCUCAGAGCCUGACAUCACCGAUUACUCGACACGAUUCGAGCUGCGUAUCUGCCAUUACGGGCGCCGGCUGCAAGUCAAAUAUUUUGGUAAAGAACGGCCGCGAUCCGCGAAGCAGCACGCAUGGCCGUUCGUGGCGUGAGAAGCAGCAGGACGCCCUUGGCUUGUGGUUUUUGCGCACGCCUUUAUUCGAGCAUGACUCUUGCUCAACUCGCAGCCCUUCCAAAUGUGUGAUUGUCGUUUCGGAUAUGACUCCACUUGUGACAUCGGAAAGGCUGCGCACGCACUUUAUGACCUACGGAGCGGUGGGUACCAUUCGCCUGGGCUAUGACCCAUCCACAGGAAUGAGUAUGGGUAUUGCACGGGUGGAGUUUGUGUUAUCUCCAAGUGCGCCGCAUCCACGCUUAGCCGCAGCCGACGCAAUCAGACAGGGCCAGAUGGUCCAAGCCGGAGACCUGCCGGCAACAGUGGCCCUGGACCUUGGCGGCCACUUUGACGAGCUGCAACAGGCGUUCUUACGCAGAGCCAGGGAACUAUCCCGGCACAAUUCGGGCGACGGCGACGGCGACAGCGCCAGUGCAGGCGCAGGUGUAGAUUCAAUUGCAGCAUGGUCUGCGCCUCAGCGGCCAGCGUCACCGUCGCCCGGAGUCGACAAUGGCGACAUGUCAUUUUCUCGCCGCUCGCACCCUGGUAUAAGUGCAAUUAGGGUGCCCCGCUCGAGUAUAUCCUUUUCUCAGAACACAGAGAGCGACGUGAUGCGCCAUUUUGAGCGCUUCCGACCGACCGGUAUUGUGCGCGAUGGCGGAUACUGGUACGUGUUGUUCAACUCGGACAGGGAUGCACACAGAUGCCAGCGACUCAGCGAUAAACAGCGUUUUGCCGGGCAUCCAAUUGAUGUCGAUAUUUACGAGCCAGCAGACAGGACCCGGUUGGCCGAGUUGGAUGCCCUGUCCACCAGGCAGUUAUCGCAGCAGCAGCAGUUGCCACCAUUGUCAUUGUCAUUGCCGCGACCACAGGCGCCUGUGGUGCCUGGCCAGCGCGCAGCUACUGGGCUUGAUUUGGAAAUCAGCAGCAGCAGCACACCGUCGCUGGGUCCUAGCCGGAGCCAAGGACUGGAGGCACGCAUGUUUGAAGAAUCUGACCCCGAGCUGCAUGAGCUCACUCACGAGCUGUUGCUGCGCGAAUUGUCCGGCGCCUUUUUGCAAGACUUGCAACGGCAGCGGCUGCAUGCGUUGAUAUCCGAUUUUCUGCGGACGCCUAAGACCCACACAGCCAUUGGCGGCUCUGGUCGCCCAACAGAGGUUAGGGGCGCGAUCUGCAAGCAGCAGCCUGUAGACACCGCAUCAAUGCUCAAGCGGAUGGCGAGAAAGAGUGCACUGAGCAGCGAGAUGACAAAGCCCAUAACCGCCGUCUUGGCAGAGCUCCCAAGCUUCCGCCGAGGUGCUAACGGAAAGACAUCGUCUCUGUCUCACAAGGCUGAAAGCGCCAAGGAAGCUGGGCGAGAGCGCACGCCGAAAAGAGCUUUGCCGCGGGGUCGUUCAAUGGACUCCAACGAAUCUGCAUCCGCGUCUAAUUCUGCCUUUAGCGACGGCGAUGACUCUGAUGCGCCGUUUGAAGGCAGCAGAAAUACCAUGCGUCGACGCCUGGUGAGCAAGGGCACAACCAAACCUCCAAACAUUGUACGUGGGCUUGGCAGCUCGGACGCUGAGCCGCACAAGAUCAGCAGUGCGACUGCGCGCCAGCCCACAAGACGGCAUGCGCUGGACAGCGACGGCUCGGCAUUUGGCGAUUAUUCAAGCGACGAGGAUGAGGCCCGAGCUCAGGAUGACGACGGCGACGACAAUGCUAAUGACAAUUACAAUGAGGACAUGGGUGACUUGGCUAUUGUCCCGCAGCGGAGGGGCAAGAAAAGGGCACUCGAAUCCAAGCAACCCAAGAAGGUGGUCCCGCAAAAGCGCGCUAGGCGAGUCAGCCAGAUGCCAGUUGUUGAGUCGUCCCAACCCGGGACGCCACUUGCAGGGCUGCUGGGCAUGCAAACACAAACGCGGAUUGACGAGGACAUGGCGCCUGAUGUGCCGGUGCACUCAACAGGAUCGGCGCGCACCGAGGGAUAUUAUCCGAUCAAUUCUAAAAUGAAGGGCGUCUACUUGCCGCAGCUGCAUUCACAGCUGCAUUGGGCCGCUAGCUUUUUUGGCGGCACUGAUGCAGCUGUCGCGUCGCGGCUGCGCGGGUUUGCCGAGAAAUCCAAGGGGGCGAGUAGCAAUGGUCGCGGUGUCGGUGCCAGCGGCGCAUCGGCCGACGGCACAGCCCGUAGCACUCGUGGCGGGGGCUCUAGCAUGAGUGAGGCCAGCCUGUACUACUCGCUUUCCCAUGCCAGCAUGGGCUCAUCGUCGCGCACACAUCGUGCGACAAAUAGGAAGCUGCGGGCCGAGUUCAGCAUGGGCAUCCGCAGCAUGGGCGAGGGCAGCAGCGGUGCGGCAGGCGGUAAUGUACCGGGCGGCAGCAGCGGUCUGGCUGGGGAUGGCAGCACCGGCAGCAGCGGCAGCAUUGUCGGCAGCGGCGGCGACGGCGGGUCAGAUCUCUUGAGGUUUAACCAGCUUGAGUCACGGACAAAGCGGCUUCGUUUUUCCAAAAGCGCCAUCCACGACUGGGGGCUGUUUGCCUCGGAGCCGAUAUUCCAGGGUGAGUUUGUGAUAGAGUAUAUAGGCGAGCGCAUUCGAGCGCAACUGGCAGAUCUGCGCGAGGAGCACUACGAGCGCGAGGGCAUCGGCAGUAGCUACCUGUUCAGAGUUGACGACGAGACAGUAGUCGACGCUACAAAGUGUGGUAACGUCGCACGUUUUGUCAACCAUAGCUGUGAGCCCAACUGCAUUGCCAAGACAAUUGUGGCCGACGGCACGAAACGCAUUGUGAUUUACGCCAGCCACGACAUUCAGGUGGGCGAGGAGGUCACCUAUGAUUACAAGUUCCCACCCGAAGAGGACAAGAUCCCUUGCUUGUGCGGUGCUGCUAACUGCCGUGGCUAUCUAAACUAA